CCCUACUUAAGGCUAAUGCUGCUUGCUCUGAGUUGUCAAAUCUUGAUCAUUCCCACACUGGCUCAUACACACAUCUGGAUACGUACAUGCUAGCAGAACAGAAUGCUACACGUGAUCUCAGGAUUACUGUCUCUCCUGCUGGACCUGGCCUUAAUUUCGGGUCAUACAGCAGAAAUCCCUCCGAUUCGAUCUGAAGAUGGGGUUAAGAACGCAAUGACCAAGCUUCACAAUUCUUCACAUAUUCCCGGUGUGAACGAAAAAAUCUUUGAUGAAUAUACCAAAGACAAUGCUACUUUUGAAGAUCAAGAGAGUUUCCAGAAUCAGGAGAAAAUACAUCACUUUGGCAAAUGUAAUGAAACAUUAUUAAGGAUUAUCGGAGAAGAAUACUGUUUGGAUCAUUUCUAUUUUCUAAUGUCAGAACUGAGGGAGGAGGACUGGUGCAACUGGGAGAUGGUGUUGAGUUAUUACAAUUAUCUGACCCACUGCAUGGAGGAGAUUUGUGCUAAAUUGGCACUUUGUUACUACCCAAACCCUGUUGUGCAGAACAUGUUUGUGAACGUCCAUGAGAAAUACUUCAGCUUGUGUGGCACUAAAGAGGAAGUUCUACCAGAUGCACCGGCGAGGGUUGUACUGGUCCUCACCCUGCUGCCUGUCAGCGUCAUUCCCAUACUGGUCUAUAUGGUCAUCUGGAAGAGUAGCGUUAUUGACUGAAAAACGCAAAGACACACAAUGUCAUGUUAUUUUGUGUUGUUGUUUUUUUUCCGAUGGAUGUAUAUACAGGAUGUCUGCUGUUUCUAGUGAAAAAUAAAUAAAUAAAUAAAUAAAUAAAUAAAUAAAUAAAUAAUCCACUACCAAGAAUAAUAAUAAUAAUAAUAAUAAUAAUAAUAAUAAUAAUAAUAAUAAUAAUAAUAAUAAUAAUGAUAAUAAUAAUAAUAAUAAUAAUGUAGUUGAAUUCAAGCAAGGAUGUUGUAUACUUUUUCUUUUUUUUUACUUUUAUGUUGAUUAACCACAAUUGUACAUAAAAUAAAAGUCGGAUUUGUUAGUUAGCUCCUGUCAUUUCCAUCUUAAGUGAUACCUGUAGACUGGAGCAGCACUAUAUAUGUAGCAUAAGCGGCACAUACUACUGAACAGUGAAGCCACUAUUUUCAAUAAAGAGCAUUUCCUCUGUACAACAUGAAAUCUUUUAGCUCACUUGCUAAGCUGGCGUCAUACCUGCAGAUGUUUCUAUAGAUCGGCCACCGAUAUCGCUUCGGAUUUUGCAGAUCGUCAUCAUGCUGGUUGCUUCGAAUGUUUACAAAACCGAAGAGAGAGAGGAUUAACUGGGUCAGGGACGAAGACACAUACAGAAGAACUAGAGUACACAAGAAGCUAGUUAUUUGAACUCACACACUCACAACACAGACACUAAAAUUAAGACUAAAAUAAAAAAUGUGUUUGAUUCCGGUUUGUUAAACAGAUAGAACUGACUGAAAUCAAUAUUCAGUAAAAAGAAAAGGAAGUGAAGAUUAACAGUGUAAAAUAAGUUCUUGGUCAUUGGUUAGUUCUUGGUUUGAUUAAUUGUCCUGUUUUGUGUUAUUGCUGUAAACUGUAACUGCAAUUGAACUACUCAUGAUUGUAUAGUCAAUCUGUGCAUUUUUUUGUGUUUGAAAGCAUUAAAUAUAUUUGAAACCAA